CUUUACUCCUAUAUCUCCCUCCCUCUCUCUGCCGCUCAGUGAAAUUAGGGUUCUUCAAAUUACUGAAUCUUUCUUCGAUUAUCUGAAAAUCUCACCACAUUUUAAGAACAAUCGUUGUUUCUAAUUGAAGAAAGGAGUUUUCUUUUAGAGCUUUGUUCCUCGAAUUUAUCUGUUUGUCGAUGGCUUCAACGGGAUCCUCGUACUGGUGCUAUCGUUGCAGUCGGUUAAGCCGGAUUCGGGGCCGGACGCAAGAUACGAUCGUCUGCCCUGAUUGUGGCACUGGAUUUAUCGAGCAAAUCGAAACGGGUUCCCAAUCUCCUCCGCCGAGAUUCAUGGCCGCGUCCAUGUACGUCGACGGAUCACAGAAUCAGGAACCUUUAACGAGCCCGAGGCUACGCAGAACCCGGAGAAACGGUGGAGAUCGAUCUCCUUUUAACCCCGUCAUCGUCCUACGUGGACCUCAAACCCCUGAUGGUGGAAAUGACGAAAAUGGUGCUGAGAGGGGAAAUUUUGAGCUUUACUACGAUGAUGGAUUAGGGUUGGGCCUUAGACCCUUACCCUCGAGCAUGUCGGAGUUCUUGAUGGGGUCAGGGUUUGACCGGAUUCUUGACCAGUUAUCACAGUUGGAAAUUGACGGAGUUACACGGUUUGAUAACCCUCCGGCCUCGAAAGCAGCGAUCGAGUCAAUGCCGGUGGUCAAAAUCGUCGAGUGCCACGUGGCAAAAGACUCACAUUGCGCGGUUUGUAAAGAGGCGUUCGAGCUUAAUUCAGAGGCUCGUGAGAUGCCAUGUAAGCACAUUUACCACUCCGAUUGUAUUCUUCCUUGGCUUUCAAUUCGUAAUUCGUGUCCUGUGUGUCGGCAUGAAUUGCCGAGGGAAGGUAAUAUCCGUAAUUUGCGAGAAUCCGGUAGGAUUCGUGACGAAGACACGGUGGGGUUAACUAUAUGGAGAUUGCCAGGUCGCGGUUUUGCUGUUGGGAGGUUUAGUGGCAAUAGAGGAGCUGAUGAAAGAGAUUUUCCUGUUGUCUUCACUGAAAUGGAUGGUAGGUUUAACAAUGCUGGUGGUGCCCCGAGAAGGAUUUCCUGGGUGCCUAGUGGAAGGAGAGCUAGAGAGAGACGGGGAUUUGGUCGUGCUUUUCGCAAUUUCUUUUCGAUUUUUGGGCGGAUUAGAUUUUCCAUAUGUUAACAGAAGCUCACAGUUGGGAAUGGGCCAUGGCCAUUAAUGUGGAUAUAGGUAAACUGGCACAUCUACUGCUGGAUCAUCUUGAAUCUUGUUAUUCAAAGUCAAAACGUUAUUUUGUGCUAAGAUAUGGAUAUUGGGUCACAAUGGAUGAUUUUGAUUGAAUAACUUGGUGCCCUUUACCUUGUAAGUGUUUAUCAAUUUCUUUCAUGCUUUUGGGUGUCCAUUAUUUGAAAUUUAUUCCAUUUUAUGUGGCAUAUAGAGGUCUUAUUAGUGAACUUAAAUUUAUUAUCUUGAGGACAUUUUUCUUUGGAAAUUUGCUUUUUAAUCAUUAAGGCUUUUCAUUCGUGGCAAAAUUUUAUUUUUAUGUUUCUACCUAAUUGAGAGAAUAUGUGAAGAGCUACAAAAAUUAUGGUGGCGUGACAUUGUGAUUCUUUUACACAGGUUGUUUAUAACUUUGUGUUGAAAUGUAAAACGGUUGCACUCUAUUUUGCUUGAAAUUCCAGCAUUUUCCUCCAAUUACAGAUUCAUGAAAUGGCAAGAAUACCGAUUAAUGAUAUGUGUAAUGUCUUAUUAUUCAGAGCAUGUUUCGCAUCAGAAAUAGGGGACGAAUUAUUCUAUAACAAAUUUAAAACUUGGACGUUUUAU